AUGAUCAAAAAGUAUUUUAGCUUUGAUUUUCAGGUUAUUGGAAAAGUACAAGGUACGUCAACUUUUCGUAUCUAAAAUAGGGGUAUUCUUUCGGAAGUUUACAAAAGAGCAAGGAACUCAUUUGGGAUUGGUAGGAUGGGUUGAAAAUUAAAAAGAUGGAUCAGUCAAAGGAGUUGCUUAAGGUGAUCAAAAAAAGUGUGAAGAAAUGUAAAAUAAUUUGUGAUUCUUAACUAUCUUAGGAUUCAUUGGUUAUCUAAUGUUGGAUCUCCAAAAAGCAAGUAUUUUAAUUUUAUUUAAUUGAUAGAAUUGAGAAGAUGAUAAAGACAAAUGAAAGGGAAAUUGAUAAAUUAUAAUAUAAAGAUUUCUCAGUAAGAGACGAUAAAAAAUAGAAGUGA